CGUUUUCAAGAUGGCUUCUCCGAGUGCGGACCUCGACCAGUCCUUGCUUAGUUUUGAAAGACUUGACAGAGCAUCACCAGACUUGUGGCCAGAACAGAUUCCUGGUGUGUCGGAGUUUGCUGCAUUAAAACACAUAAAGAAAGAGGACACAUAUGGUAUUGGUUACAAAUCUAAAGGCAAGAUCGCUCCACAUACACCUCCAAAAUGGAUGGCUGAACUUGAAAAAGAUGACGUGGAUAUGUUGCAAGUUUUUCCUUCAGAGUUUGGGAGCUUGACAACUUCUCAGCUGAUUGAUAAAGUGAGAGGACUGCAAAAUUUAGCGUAUCAGUUGGGAUUGGACGAGGCACGAGAAAUGACACGAGGCAAAUUCUUGAACAUUCUACAGAAAAACAAAGCACCUAGAUAGGAAAACUGUGCAUCCUCAUAUUGGUGACGUUAUUCAACAAUGGAUUACUCAGUGAUGUUAUUGAAUUGUUGGCUAGAGACUUUACUGAGUUGACUGUUAGAGAUCUUCCCACCUCUUUAGGGGCUAGAAGCUUGUUCGCUAUGUGCAGCCUACUUUCUUAUGUCACUGGUAGAGACUAGUACAGGACACUUUCUUUUUCAUUUGUGACCCAUUGUUGUCUCAAAUUUAUGGUAACAAGACAUUUGUGGAAUGUGUGUGCAAAUGAGACUGUUCUUGAAAUAUCAUUUCUUGCUCUGUUUUGAUGCAAGAAAUGCCGUUAAAAUCCGUUUCGAACGGUGUAACGGUGUCUUUUGGCAGCUGGUAUUGUAUUGGAUUAAUCAAAGAUGUAAGGUCAAUCGUGGAGAUGGCUUGGAAUUCUAAGGCUUCUUAGUAGAAGAAGAAGUAACCCUGUGCUCUACAGAAAUCAAGGUUAAUUGUCAACUCCGGAUUAGUGUUCCAAAGUAAGCAAAGUAAAUCAGUCACAAGUGCUGAUUAUGCAAUAACAUAGUGUAUCUAUUAAAGAACAUUAAAAAGUAAAUUAUGUAAUAGCUGAAGUACCAUAGUCAGUUGGUAUCAGAAUUUGAAUAAAAAUUGGCAAUAGUAUAACAA